AUUUUGCUUCGACGCUUGUUCUAACAUGUCAACAGACGCAAGAGAUUCGACUCGAGAAACCAGGCUAACUCUGCCAAAAACAUGGCAUGCAGAAUCCGCUGACACUAUGGGCUCGAUGGGCAUGUUCCUCGCUGGCUUAGUGCUAGUUUCCAGAAAUAGGUACCUAGCAUGGCCAGUAGCCCUGCUCGCGCUCAGCAGCUUUAUGAACCAGCACCCUAUUCGGACAAAGGAGGGUGGGAGCACGCCUUGGACGGCUCUGAUGACUGCGAUAUUUGCGUUGCUCGUAUCGCACGGUGCGAUGUUCACGUUCACGGAUGCUAAGACUGGCGCGAUCAAGUUUUCGUCGUAGACUUGAAGUCGUGAUUAUCGUGCUAUAUAUUAUUGGGUCCGACUGUGACUGCGUGAUUAUUUUCUGUUGUGGACUGCUUUUUUUCUGAUUCAGUCACGUCCUGAAUUUAGUGUGGGCAACCGGUACACAUGCCAUGAAGGGUAGGACUCGCAGUCUUCCCCAUCGUCAGGCUUGUACAACAGUAGACAUGAUUUAUGCGUACCUGCUGAAUACUCCUAUAUAUAAAAUGAUAGUAUACCAGGCUCAGGCCUUCACACAUGCAACCAGGCUACAUAUGAUGAGAAUGUGAUAAUAUAGGC